AUGACGUCUACAUCAUCGAGAGCUCCGCUCGCUGAGCUGCCUUUACAUCAAUUCGUUUCUCAGUCUUUGGCCUGUUCUCCCAAAACUUCCCCCGAUAAGCUCCUCAAAACGCCAUCUCGCUCUCGCUCUCGAUCCCACUCGCCCUCGCUGACUGCAAGCAGACGAAACUCGAUCUCUGUAUCUCCGCACAAACAAGCCAUUCUGCAGAACCAUCGCCUUGUUCGUGAGGGCUCAGUUGCAUCGCCAUCCUCCUCCACACAGCCCUCGAUCGCUUCCAGCGACAACGACAACAUGUCGGAAACCGAACUCUCGCUUCUCCCUCGACGCCUCUUUGGCGACCGCCCCUCGAAGCAAAUUGGUACUGAUGAUCCGCUUGAAGCGAGCCCGGUUUUGCCCGGCUCCGCUUCCAGACCGUCUCAUUUCUCUCCGCACAAUGUCAAGAAAAUGCCACACCAUUCUGUCAACAGACCUUCCACCCCAAAGGGGCCAUCAACUACCCCUUGUAACAUGAGACAGCAUCGUCCACCCCACACAUCUGGCCCAAAGCCCCAUCAAUACGUUGAACCCAGUCCCACGACGCAAAGGGUGUCCGAGCCGCGUAUCCCUAUCUCUCAUAGAUACAUGCAUGCAGAGCCUCCCUUGACGCCGCCGCGUAAUCGCAAAGAAGCGCAGUCGCCAAUCACGGCAUUGCUUCAACGCCCAGCCGCAUCCACAGACGCUUCCGAGGCUGAAACGGGAAGCACCACACCUCUGGAGCAGCCUGCCCCAUCCGCCCCCAACUCUGCGCUGCAAAGCUUACCUAAAAAGAAGCAUCGUGUCUCGCACAUCGAGAUCGCCAUUGCUCACGAGGAAGCUGAAGCCGGACCGCUCGUCAGCCCAAGUCCCCGCAAAAUAGUCGAUUACUUUGCUCCUUCCGAGGAGAAUGCUGCCGCCUUCCAGCUGGCUGAAACGCGUCUGCGAUCCGGUUCUAUUUCUGACCGCCAACCGCGCUCAGCAACACUGCCAAACUUAACCGACAUGACCUCAAAGCAGCCGGUUGACAGCUUGACGCUAGCCAAGUCCGGGCUGUUCCUCGGCGUGCUUGCUAGGCCUCUGCCGGGCUGGUCUGUCUACGAAGAUCCAGUUGUGAGUUCAGAUACUGCUCCGUCGCAAGACCACGUGCACGUAUUAUCCGAUGCUGGAGAUGCCACAUCCAGUACUUUCUCGAGCCCGGCAGCCAGUCCCUGUCAGACUGGCGCUCCCGGCAGCCAGUCCUGUCAGACUGGCGCUUCUUCAACUCCCAACAAGGAGAACCGCGUUCCAGAUGCCACCUUCCUCGCAUCCAAGGCUGUGCCCAUUGCGCUACCGGACCGCGCAUACAGCGUCGAUGCGGUGGCGACAAAGACGCGCUCCUCUUCGCGACUCGCCUCGGCUGCUUCGAGUCCCGUGCCUGUCCCUUCACGUAAACGUGGUACCGGCGGUCGACUGAGCUUACUUGCCGAUGCAGACGAUGACGAGGCACACUGUGAUCCUUCUUUCCAGCUCGACGAGGAUGAAACGCUGUCAGUUUCCGGCAGUGCGACCACAGCGUCAGCGAGCACAGGUAAAAAGCUCAGAUCCAAAGUCGGUGCUACGUCACCAGUGCAUGCAACUCGUAAAGUGUCAUCUCACCAGCGGAAGACGUCUGCCGGACGUGGGCUUGAACUGGGCCGAGCCAGUCGCAAGGCUUCGAGCACUGUCCCCAUGGAGAGCCCUCAGCGAGCAUUGGAUGCUGCGGCGAUGGAUGCAGUUGCCUCGCGUACACGGUCGCGCACCCGGGUCUGA